AUGCGCCCCCGCGCCGCCCCCCGCGCCCCCACCGGCGCCGCCGCCGCUGCGCUGGGGCUCUUUAGCUUCCUGCUGCUGCUCCGGCCCGGACACGCGUGCCCCGCGGGCUGCGCCUGCACCGACCCGCACACGGUGGACUGCCGCGACCGCGGACUGCCUAGCGUGCCGGAUCCCUUCCCCCUGGACGUGCGCAAACUGCUGGUGGCUGGUAACCGCAUCCAGCACAUCCCCGAGGACUUCUUCAUCUUCUACGGCGACCUGGUCUAUCUGGACUUCAGGAACAACUCGCUGCGCUCGCUGGAGGAGGGUACGUUCAGCGGCUCGGCCAAGCUCGCCUUCCUCGACCUCAGCUACAACAACCUGACCCAGCUGGGCGCCGGCGCCUUCCGCUCGGCCGGGAGGCUGGUCAAGCUGAGCCUGGCCAACAACAACCUGGCGGGUGUGCACGAGGCCGCCUUCGAGACCCUGGAGUCGCUGCAGGUGCUGGAGCUCAACGACAACAACCUGCGCAGCCUCAACGUGGCCGCCCUGACCGCGCUCCCCGCGCUGCGCACCCUGCGCCUCGACGGGAACCCCUGGCUCUGCGACUGCGACUUCGCCCACCUCUUCUCCUGGAUCCAGGAGAACGUGUCCAAGCUGCCCAAAGGCCUGGAUGAAAUCCAGUGCUCCCUGCCCAUGGAGAACAGGAGGAUAUUCCUGCACGAGCUGUCGGAGGCCAGCUUCAGCGAGUGCAAGUUCAGCCUCUCGCUCACAGACCUGUUUGUCAUCAUCUUCUCCGGUGUGGCCGUGUCCAUCGCUGCCAUCAUCUCCAGCUUCUUUCUGGCCACCGUGGUGCAGUGCUUCCAGAGGUGUGCCCCUAACAAGGACACCGAGGACGAAGACGAGGAUGAGGAUGACUGA